AUGUUCCAGGCAAAUCUGACAUCUGUAACAAUGUUUUUCUUCCUGGGAUUUUCCCACUACCCCAAAGGUGAGAUCAUCAUAUUCGUGCUGUGCUUGCUGAUGUACCUGAUCACCUUAUUGGGAAAUAUGAUUCUGAUCUCCAUCACUAUCUUGGAUUCCCGCCUACACACACCUAUGUACUUCUUCCUCAGCAAUCUCUCCUGUUUAGACAUCUGGUAUACCUCUUCUGCUUUCCCUCCAAUGCUGAUAAACUUUAUUUCAGGGGAAAACACCAUCUCAUUCUUAGGAUGUGCUGCUCAGAUGUACUUCUCUCUGGCCAUGGGCUCCACCGAGUGUGUGCUCCUGUCCAUGAUGGCAUAUGACCUAUAUGUGGCCAUCUGCAACCCUCUAAGAUACCCCAUUAUCAUAAACAAGAGGGUUUGUGUGCAGAUUGCAGUUGGCUCCUGGGUGACAGGCUGCUUCACUGCCCUGGUGGAAACAGUGUUUGUAUUGCAGUUGUCUCUGUGUGGUAAUAGUGUGAUAAAUCAUUUUGCUUGUGAGAUUCUUGCUGUCUUAAAACUGGUUUGUGUGGACACUUCCAAAGUGAAGUUAAUCAUGCUGGUAUUCACCAUACUUCUUGUUCCCAUGCCAAUGCUCCUAAUUUGUAUCUUUUAUGCAUUCAUCCUCUUCAACAUCCUGAGAAUCAGCUCAGUGGAUGGUCGAAGCAAAGCCUUUUCAACAUGUGCAGCCCACCUGUCUGUGGUUGUUUUGUUCUAUGGGACAGUUCUCUCCUCAUACCUGAAGCCUUCAGCUAUAGAUUCACAGGAAAUAGAUAAAUUUAUAGCUUUGGUAUAUGGUGCAUUAACCCCAAUGUUGAAUCCUAUCAUCUACAGUCUACGAAAUAAAGAGGUGAAAGCAGCUGUGAAAAAAUUGCUGAUAGGAAAUCUUUUGGUAUUGUCCUAA